UUUAACAGUGCGAUUCAUCAAGAGAGUCAGAAUCACUGGAGUUCAGAGGAGACAACAGGCCCCUACAGCAUCAGAUGGUUUUAAUGAAUGCGGCCUUUUAAUGAUAUGCAGUUGUAAAAAGCUCUGAGUGAAAAUGAACGGGGAAAUGAAAGGGAAAAGCAUCUCAGCGGAUGUGACCCUAGGAAACAUGGACCUUGGAGAAAAGAUCAUCUCUGUAGGGAAAAACCCUUCCUUUGCCAGGAAGAUUGGCCUGAAUGAAGAUGAUCAGAUUGUUGCUGCUACCAUUCACUUGGACCAUCUUGCCAAAGAUGAUGCUUUAAAGUUGUUGAAGAUCCUCGUGCCCUAUGAUGACAAACUUGAGGUUAAAACCAAAUCCAGCAUCGUGCUUGAUGGUGAUCUCAAUGGACCUUCAUUGAACGGAAUUGAUGGUGGUGCAAAAUUUACCAUGCCAACAAUAGGCAUGUCGGGACCCCAAUUAAAAGGAGCAGGCUUGGAUGGUACUGUUCAGAGCCCUGAGCUUAGUGUCUCAGCACCAUCAGUUGAAUCCCCAGAUGUGUCUGUUAAUGUGGACCCACCAGAAGUCAACAGCAACGGGCUGAAAUAUAAGGCCCCUAAGUUUAAAAUGCCAAAUUUCAAAUCGUCAACAAAAAAGCCACAAGUUACAACCCCAGACGCAACUUUGACAGGCCCAAGCAUCAGUGCAAAUGUCGACACACCAAAGCUCAAUCUUCAACCUCCAGAUGUUGAUGUCACCUUACCAAAAGCUGAACUUGAGGGCCCAAAUCUGGAUAUAGAUACCCCAGAUGUUGACAUUGAGCCCCCAUCAGGGAAGUUCAAAUGGUUCACACUUCCAAAGCCAAAGUGGGGUCACCCUCGACCUAAGAUAGAAACCUCAGACAUUGACGUUUCUGGGCCAACAGUUAAAGCUGAUUUGGAUAUACCAGAUGCAGAGGUGAAUCUGCCCAAAGCUGAAAUUGAUGGUCCAGAUGUUGACAUUGAUUCACAAUCAAGCAAGUUCAAAUGGCUAAAAAUGAAGAAACCCAAGUUUAGGAAAAUUAAAGGACCAGAUGUGGAUAUUGAUGCAGAUGUUACAACACCAGACUUGGACCUUUCAGCACCAAAGAUUAAAGCUGAUGUGAACACGCCUGAUGUUGAUGUGAAAUUACCAUCAGCUGACAUAAAUGGUCCAGAUGUGGAUCUCAAAGCUCCUGAUGUUGAGGUAAACGCUCCAUCAGGGAAGAUAAAAUUUCCCACUCUAAAAAAGCCAAACUUCAAAAUCAAGCCAAAAGUGACCACUCCUGAUAUCGAUGUUGAUGCUGACAUUAAAGCUCCAAAUCUUGAAACACCAGAUGUCAAUGUAAGCCUUCCAAAUGCAGACAUUGAUGGCCCUGAUGUUGAUCUCAACGUGCCUGAUGUCAACAUUGAUCCCCCAAAAUCCAAGUGGAACUGGAAGAAGCCUAAACUGAACCUCUUAAAACCCAAAACACCAAGCCUGGAAGUUGAUGCUGAUGUAAAGGCACCUCAUCUUGAAGCGGGACUUGACCUGCCUGAUGGAGAUAUAGCUCUGCCUAAGGCAGACCUUACAGUACCUGAUGUGGACCUCAAAUCUCCAGACCUCAGCCUCUCUGCACCAAAUAUUAAAGGUGACCUCAAUGCUCCGACCCUGGAUGUUAAUCUACCUGAUGCAAGCCUUGAAGCACCAAAAGUGGAUCUAAAAGCACCAGAAGUUGACCUUGAUGCCCCAUCAGGCAAGUUCAAGCUGCCCCCAAUUAAAUGGCCAAAAUUCAACCUGUCAAAAGUUAAAACACCUGACAUUGAUGUUGAUGCAGAUGUAAAGACACCAGAUUUGGAUGUCUCCCUACCAAAGGUUGAGGCGGGACUUGAUGCUCCUGAAGUUGAUAUACAUUUGCCCAAAGCAGAUCUUAAUGUCCCAGAUGUCAAUCUCAAAGCACCUGACCUCAACCUUUCUGCACCAAAAAUCAAGGGAGAUCUAAACGCUCCAGCCCUAAAUGUUAACCUACCAGAUGCAAGUCUAAAAGCACCAGAGGUAAAUCUCAAAGCACCAGAAGCUGACAUUGAUGUUCCAUCAGGGAAAUUCAAAUUGCCUCAAAUUAAAUGGCCAAAAGUGUCUGGACCAAAGGCUAAUGUAGAUGUAGAUACACCAGACUUGGAUGUCUCCCUACCAAAAGUUGAAGCGAGACUUGAUGCUCCUGAAGUUGAUAUAAAUUUGCCCAAAGCAGAUCUUAAUGUCCCAGAUGUCAAUCUCAAAGCACCUGACCUCAACCUUUCUGCACCAAAAAUCAAGGGAGAUCUAAACGCUCCAGCCCUAAAUGUUAACCUACCAGAUGCAAGUCUGAAAGCACCAGAGGUAAAUCUCAAAGCACCAGAAGCUGACAUUGAUGUUCCAUCAGGGAAAUUCAAAUUGCCUCAAAUUAAAUGGCCAAAAGUGUCUGGACCAAAGGCUAGUGUAGAUGUAAAGACACCAGAUUUGGAUGUCUCCCUACCAAAGGUUGAAGCGAGACUUGAUGCUCCUGAAGUUGAUAUAAAUUUGCCCAAAGCAGAUCUUAAUGUCCCAGAUGUCAAUCUCAAAGCACCUGACCUCAACCUUUCUGCACCAAAAAUCAAGGGAGAUCUAAACGCUCCAGCCCUAAAUGUUAACCUACCAGAUGCAAGUCUGAAAGCACCAGAGGUAAAUCUCAAAGCACCAGAAGCUGACAUUGAUGUUCCAUCAGGGAAAUUCAAAUUGCCUCAAAUUAAAUGGCCAAAAGUGUCUGGACCAAAGGCUAGUGUAGAUGUAGAUACACCAGACUUGGAUGUCUCCCUACCAAAAGUUGAAGCGGGACUUGAUGCUCCUGAAGUCGAUAUAAAUUUGCCCAAAGCAGAUCUUAAUGUCCCAGAUGUCAAUCUCAAAGCACCUGACCUCAACCUUUCUGCACCAAAAAUCAAGGGAGAUCUAAACGCUCCAGCCCUAAAUGUUAACCUACCAGAUGCAAGUCUGAAAGCACCAGAGGUAAAUCUCAAAGCACCAGAAGCUGACAUUGAUGUUCCAUCAGGGAAAUUCAAAUUGCCUCAAAUUAAAUGGCCAAAAGUGUCUGGACCAAAGGCUAGUGUAGAUGUAGAUACACCAGACUUGGAUGUCUCCCUACCAAAAGUUGAAGCGGGACUUGAUGCUCCUGAAGUCGAUAUAAAUUUGCCCAAAGCAGAUCUUAAUGUCCCAGAUGUCAAUCUCAAAGCACCUGACCUCAACCUUUCUGCACCAAAAAUCAAGGGAGAUCUAAACGCUCCAGCCCUAAAUGUUAACCUACCAGAUGCAAGUCUGAAAGCACCAGAGGUAAAUCUCAAAGCACCAGAAGCUGACAUUGAUGUUCCAUCAGGGAAAUUCAAAUUGCCUCAAAUUAAAUGGCCAAAAGUGUCUGGACCAAAGGCUAGUGUAGAUGUAAAGACACCAGAUUUGGAUGUCUCCCUACCAAAGGUUGAAGCGGGACUUGAUGCUCCUGAAGUUGAUAUAAAUUUGCCCAAAGCAGAUCUUAAUGUCCCAGAUGUCAAUCUCAAAGCACCUGACCUCAACCUUUCUGCACCAAAAAUCAAGGGAGAUCUAAACGCUCCAGCCCUAAAUGUUAACCUACCAGAUGCAAGUCUGAAAGCACCAGAGGUAAAUCUCAAAGCACCAGAAGCUGACAUUGAUGUUCCAUCAGGGAAAUUCAAAUUGCCUCAAAUUAAAUGGCCAAAAGUGUCUGGACCAAAGGCUAAUGUAGAUGUAGAUACACCAGACUUGGAUGUCUCCCUACCAAAAAUUGAGGCAGGACUUGAUGCCCCUAAUGUAGGUUUAACAUUACCUAAAGCAGACCUUACUACGCCAGAUGUGGAUCUAAAAGCACCAGACCUGAAUAUCUCUGCACCAAAGAUUGACAGUAGUGUAAGUGUGCCAAAAGCAGAUCUUACAGGACCAGAUGUAGAUUUGAAGGCUCCAAGUAUAGAUGUUGAAGCUACUUCAAGUAAAAUAAAAAUGCCUCACUUUAAGCUACCUAAAUUCAAUCUAACAGGACCAAAGGUGAAAACACCCAGUGUUAAUGUACCAGACAUUAAUGUUCCAUCACUUGAUGCCCCAACAGUUACAGCUGAUGGGCCUAGUCUUGACUUGACAGCUCCAGAUAUCACAGCACCCAAACUUGAGGGUAGUAUCACUGCUCCAGAUGUUCAUCUGAACUUGCCAAAUAUGGAUGUCAAAGCCCCUAAAGUAGAUCUUAAUGUUCCUGAUGUCAACGUUGAUACAGACUUGAAAACACCAGAUUUCAAGGCAGACACUGAGGGUCCAGAUGUGGACUUGAAAGUUCCAGACCUGGAUGUCGAUCCCCCUUCAGGAAAAUUCAAAAUGCCCCAUUUCAAAUUGCCUAAAUUUGGUUUAUCAACCCCAAGGGUGAAACGGCCUGAUGUGGAUGUGGAUGUGAAAGCACCUGAAGUGGAUGUUGAUGUUCCCAAAGUUGAGGCAGACCUUACUGCUCCAGAAGUCAAAACUGAGGUCAGUGCUGAUAUCAAGGGCCCUGAGAUUGAUGUGGAUGCACCUGAUGUCAGUGUUGAUGCAUCAAAGCCAAAGUCCAAAUUCCACACUCUCAAGAGGCUGUUUAGAAGAGGAGAAGAAGGCCCUGAUGUUGAGGUAGAUGGAGAUGUAGGCACUGACAUUAAAUUGCCAGAGGGAGAUAUACCAUUGUUCAAAACACACAGACUACCACAAUGCACCAUUCAGAAAGCAUUGGAGUUCCCUGGAGCUGUAGACCUGCACAGUGACCCUGUUAAUCCUGAAUUGAAAACCCUGAUUAGAGGAAUCAGUACUCCUAGUCUGAAUAGCCAGGGGCAGCAAACCGGACCAAUUGACAUCAAAGAAAGGUUGAGAUUAUUUGCUUCACGGUCAUCAUUAGACAGAAGCCUGGAUGAUUCAUCCCCUGUAGGAGCUCAAGUGAAUGCGCCCUCCCUUGAGGUCUCCCCACCAACAGAGGUCAGUUUCAGUGCCCCAGCAUUGAACAUUGAAGUAAAUGGAGAUGGUGAUAGCCCAACAAAAGUCAAACGAGGAACAUUCAAAGUGACAAAGCCCGAAUGUGACAAAAGCAUCCCUGUGAUUAACAUGUCUGGAAAGGAUGAGAAUAAAAAAAUAUCAAUAAGUCUCUCCAAUAUGCUUGGCCUUCCCACGAAGUAUGACUCUGAUGGAGAUUCCUAAAUAUCUGUGGAGCUCUUGUAUCAUAUUUAAGUCAACUGAUUUAUACACUAAGAAUAAUAUAAUGAUAUAACAUAUUGAAAGCUUACAACAAAGUUAGAGUAGGAUGGAUUGAGUUUUUAAUACUGUAAGUAAUGUUAUGUAAAGUAUAUUGUGAAUGUGAUAUCAUGUUAAUAUAUGCUACUUCCCAUAUACUGUGAUUAUGUGUGUGAAGAUAUGUAUGUAUGUCUGUGUGUGUGUGUGUGUGUAUGUGUGCGCAAUGCGCAUGUGUGUCUACAUUUGAGUUAGAUGAGAUAAACUAUGAAAUCCAGUUUCUACA